CACUAAACCCUAAAUCCAUCCUCUGAUUCCUUUAUAUAUAUAUUCUCUCCUUCUUUUGAUCCUCUUCCUUAUUUUUUGCAAUCAAAACCCAAUUUUGUUCUCCUGAUCAUCCGAACCCUAGUCUUUCUCACGGAUCAUCGAUUCUUCUUCUUCUGGAUACUGAAUCAAAUUCGCCAUGGCCAAGAACUCGUUCAAGCUUUCUAAUCCUCUGGAGAUGAGAAUGGCUGAAUCUACUCGUAUCAGGGCGAAAUACCCAGAAAGAGUUCCUGUGAUUGUUGAGAAAGCUGGACAGAGUGAUGUUCCUGACAUUGACAAGAAGAAGUAUCUUGUACCAGCUGAUCUGACCGUUGGCCAGUUUGUAUACGUUGUGAGGAAAAGAAUCAAGCUUGGAGCUGAAAAAGCAAUCUUUGUCUUUGUCAAGGACACAUUACCACCAACCGCUGCAUUGAUGUCUGCAAUCUAUGAAGAACACAAAGACGAGGAUGGGUUUCUCUACAUGACAUACAGUGGAGAGAACACGUUUGGAUCUCUCUGUUGAUCCUCUUGAUGAUUUGUACAUUCCUCUAGCCAAUCUCUCCCCUAGCCUUUGCUCUGGUUUCUCGACCCUAAUAAUGUCUUCUUUUUUUUUAGCUUUCUGGGUUUUAUCUUCUGAGCUCUCUCUCUCACUCUCUUAUGCUAUUGAAGAUGGAUUUGAAACAAGUUUCGUUUUAGUUUGAAUAGACAGUUGAUAUUGACUCCACUCUUUUUAUAUUGUUUUUGUUUCCUUCUUCUA